AAUGAACCUGAACUGCCUGCAUUGGGAGCAAGAAGUCUUAACCCCUGGACUGCCAGGGAAGUCCCCAUUAUUUUAUUCAAAGAGAAUUCCUGGGUCAUCAGUCUCUAGGUGAAGGCAAAAUGUCCCGACUUUUGGUAUUAUUACACUUGUGUCAUGUUAUCUGUCUCCUCUUUGGUAAAAUUGUAAAUUACACAAAUGCAGAACACAUACUGCAUACUAUUACUGGUAACUAUAUGCAAAAUAUAAGUCAAACUCCCAAACCAAAUCCAAGUAUUUUAACCUUUUGCAGUUUUCUAGACCCUUGUCCCUCCAUUAGUUAACCUGUGAGUGUGUACACGUAACUGCUGUUCUUUAUCAAUAGCAUAAUGCAUGGAUUAUGGACUUGGACAACCCACAAUUGCACGACUUUCCAAAGUCAAAGCGCUGUCUGGUUAUUUACUCCCGGCCUAGAGCUUCGGAGUCAUGUGGCAAGUGAAACCAAACCAAGCCUCUGCCCACAUUCCCGGAACUUCCCCUCACCCCAUCCCCUUCCCUACUGUAAGUUUUCUGGCUCUUACUCUCCUUCUCAUGCAGCGGAACCAAAUCCCUGCCAGACAAAUAAAUGCUCUGGCUGCACCCUGACAGCCAAUUCCCACCAGUUACGGCGGAGCCUGCCUCCAGACGCAGAACCAUGGAUUUCAGAACCCCUGACCUGUUGGACGUGUGCCUGGAACCUCCAGAAGAUGUCUUCUCAACAGGAUCUUUCCUGGAGCUGGGACUCCACGGUCCACCUUCAGAGGUUCCAGUGACUAGGCUACAGGAACAGGGGCUGCAAGGCUGGGAGUGCAGUGGGGGCCAUGGCUGUGGUCUUCAAGAGAGUGAGCCUGAAGAUUUCCUGAAACUUUUCAUUGACCCCAAUCAAGUCUACUGCUCAGAAGCAUCUCCCGGCAGUGACAGUGGAAUCUCUGAGGAUCCUGGCCAUCCAGACAGUCCCCCUGCCCCCAAGCCACCCAGUUCCCCUGCCCUCUAUGAGGUUGUCUAUGAGACAGGGACCCUGGAGAGGAUGCAGGGGGAAGCCGGGCCUGCUGUAGGGCUCAUCUCCAUCCAACUAGGUCAGUGUUCUUUGUGGGGAAGGGACACUGGCCCUCCAGGUCCAGUCCUAACCCUGGAGUUAAGGGGGUUUCCCCAACCUAUGCCACUACCCAGAGCCUGUGGCCAUCCACAUCCUUUCUCCCAACCACUUAUGUCUCCCUCAGAUCAGUGGAGCCCACCAUUUAUGGUGCCUGAGGCCUGUGUGGUCAGUGAGCUGCCUCCUGAUGCUCACGUCCUGCCCACAGCAGCUAUUGUAAACUCCGUGCCUCCUGCAGCCCUGCUGCCCUGUCAGACCUUGUUCCUGACAGAAGAGGAGAAGCGGCUGCUGGGACAGGAAGGCGUUUCCCUACCCUCUCACCUGCCCCUCACCAAGGCAGAGGAGAGGGUUCUCAAGAAGGUCAGAAGGAAAAUCCGUAACAAGCAGUCAGCUCAGGACAGCCGGCGGCGGAAAAAAGAGUACAUUGAUGGCCUAGAGAGCAGGGUGGCUGCCUGUGCUGCACAGAACCAGGAACUACAGAAAAAAGUCCAGGAGCUAGAGAGGCACAACAUCUCCCUGGUGACUCAGCUCCGCCAGCUGCAGAUGCUUAUUGUUCAAACCUCCAACAAAGCUGCCCAGACUAGCACUUGUGUUCUGAUCCUUCUUUUUUCCUUGGCUCUCAUCAUCUUGCCCAGCUUCAGCCCCUUUCAGGGCCUGCCAGAAGCCAGGCCUGAGGAUUACCAGCCUCAUGGAGUGAUUUCCAGAAACAUCCUUACUCACUGGGACAUGACAGAGAAUCCUGAAUACGCAGUGGUAGAGUCCAGACUGGAGGGGCCACCUGGGGCCAAAGGUGCAAACAGCUCAACAAGGACACUGCUGGAGAAGGUGGCAGGGAGGGCAGGCCCCAGCAGGCACAUCAGAGCUGUGUUGCAUGCAGAUGAAAUGUGAGCUCUAACACUUCCUGGCUCACUUCCCAAUCACAAUAAGGAAUCCAGGGCUCUGCUACUGCUCUGCUUCCUCCUGGGGUUCCCACUCAGGGCUCUCUGGCCUCGGGGGUCCGAAUCCCAUAGGGAUGCCCUUGAUGUCUGUACCCCAUGGCUUAGUUGGUCUAUGUCACGGGGAAGCUCAAAUACUUUCAUCAUGUAUCUGUGAUUUUAUUUCUUUGAGGACAGGGUUAAAGGGAAACUGAUGUUUUGGCUAAGAAAUAAACUUUUUUUGGUAAAACUA